GGAAACGGUAUCAAUAUAAACAACAACAACAAUAAUCCUCCUGUUCCACCACCACCACAUCCUUCACAUCAUUCUCCUAUGCUUUGUGGACCACCACCGCAACCAAUACCACAAAACGGUCCUCCACCAAUGACGAUGGGACCAUAUAAUCCGGGGGCCAAUUCAAUUCCACAUGUUAUGCAUCAUGCACCACAUUUGAUGCAACAUCCUGGAGGUCCGCCACCACCAAAUCCAAAUUUACAACAUCCACAUGGAAGACAUACGCCUUUCUACGAUAUCAGACAACCAGAAAAUCGAAUCCAUGAAAUGAAUAAACGUUUACAGCAAAGAAAUGAGGAUUCUGAUAACAUAUGGUGGGAUGGUUUCGCUUCCGAAUUUUUCGAAGAUGAUGCCACAUUAACAGUCACAUUCUGUCUUGAAGAUGGCCCUAAACGCUAUACCAUUGGUCGAACUUUGAUUCCUCGUUAUUUCCGUAGUAUUUUCGAAGGAGGUGUAACUGAAUUUCAAAUAAAUCUUCGAAAUUGUAAAGAAUCAUUUCAUAAUACAACGAUCACAGUCGACUGUGAUCAGUGUACCAUAAUGAGCAGCCAUGGGAAGCCUAACUUUAAAAUGGGACCUUAUUCACAUGCAUCGAACGAAAUGAUGAAAGAACAGAUGAUGAAAGAGUCAUCGGUUCUAGUCUGUACCGAAGGACGAUUAGUUUUGGAAUUCACUUAUGAUGAAUUACCCCGAAUCAAAUCAUGGCAUUUUGCUACACGAAUCCACCAUGAAUUGAUUUCCAAAUCAUUAGCACUUCAAGCUCAACAAGAUCCUUCCAUGUUAGAUCAAAUUACCAAGAAUAUCACCCGACAAGGCUUGACCAAUUCAACAUUAAAUUAUCUACGGCUUUGUGUCAUUCUUGAGCCAAUGCAAGAACUAAUGUCAAGACAUAAGGCUUAUUCCUUAUCGCCCAGAGAUUGUCUCAAAACGACCUUGUUUCAAAAAUGGCAACGGAUGGUUGCACCACCUGAAACCAGCCGGCCUCCAAGUAAACGAAGAAAAAGAAAAUCGUCCACUAAUACUGGAACUACGACGAAUAGCAAAAAGAAAAAUAAUCAGAACAAUAUGAGUCCAGUUCCACCUCCGUUUACAUUGGCAACACAGGAUGUCAUGGUUGUUGGCGAGCCAUCGUUAAUGGGUGGCGAAUUCGGUGACGAGGAUGAACGAUUAAUCACUCGAUUAGAAAACAACCAAUAUGACCCGAACGCUGCGUCAGGAACAAACGGACUGGAAGAUAACGAUGACUUUAAUUCAUUAGGCUCCUCAUCGGGCGGCACUAAUACAACAAACAAUGGUGGCAAUAAUUCAGCUAAUAUCGGACCAGGUUCAAACGGUGGUGGUGGAAGUGGUGGUCCACCUUCAUGGCCACCGAAUGGACCAAACAAUGGCAAUAGUUCAUCGAAUUCGAAUGCCGGAAAUAUUCCGAACAAUUCGAAUGUUUCAUCGGGAAACGGAUCAGGAGUGGGACCUAAUCAAGAUCAAUCAAAUCAGAUAAAAUCUGAAAAACAAUCUCCAAAUUUAAAUCAAUGAACAUCAAACAUCAUGCACAUCAUUAACGAAUAAAUACAUUCUUGACAAA